AUAGCCAUUGAAUUUUGGUUUUUGAAAAUAUUUAUAAACCAAUGACGAUAUAGGUUGUCUAAAAUUUAAAUUUAAAAAAUGAAUAUGUUAAAAUAUUAACAUUGCACCUAAUUAAUUUCCCCUCCAAUUUUUCCUCCUCUUUCUUUCUCUUCUCUCUAUCAAACCUCCAGCUUGGAAGUCCCAUGGAGUUUCCUCUUUCUAUCUUCUCUUCUCAAUGCACCUGAAUCUUUCCUUUUUCGCUUCUUAACCCCCUAAAAAAGUCUCCUACUUUGUUGAAAUGUGGUGGAGACAUAAGGGAGUUAAUUUCCAUUCCGUUUUUGGAAUUUAGUUUAAGGUUUUGGAUUUCUAGGGUUUCUUACCUUAAAAUAGAACAAUUUUCCGGUUUAGUUUUUUGUUUGGUGGUGUCUAUAGAAAAAUGCCGCCACAUCGAUCCAAGUCGGAGAAAAACGAUGGCAUGGCGAAGCAUCUUCGUCGAGAUCCUUAUGAGGUGCUUGGGGUCUUGAGAAACUCUACGGAUCAGGAAAUUAAGAGCGCGUACAGAAAAAUGGCUCUCAAGUACCAUCCUGAUAAGAAUGGAAAUGAUCCUGUUGCAGCUGAUAUGUUCAAGGAGGUUACAUUUUCUUAUAAUAUAUUGUCUGAUCCGGAUAAAAGACGCCAGUAUGACACUGCUGGUUUUGAGGCUGUUGAAGCUGAUAACCAAGAAUUGGAGCUAGAUCUUUCAAGUUUGGGGGCUGUGAACACCAUAUUUGCUGCACUUUUUAGUAAACUUGGCGUGCCAAUUAAGACCACUGUGUCUGCAACUGUUUUGGAGGAGGCACUUAAUGGUGCUGUCAAUAUUCGCCCACUUCAGCUGGGGCAACCUAUUUCUAGGAAGGUUGAAAAACAAUGCGCUCACUUCUACUCUGUCACAAUAACAGAAGAAGCAAGAGAUGGGUUUGUUUGCCGAGUACAAUCAUCUGAUAAAAGCAAGUUCAAGUUAUUAUAUUUUGAGCUAGAAGAAAAUGGUGGAUUAAGCCUUGCACUGCAGGAGGACAGUGCUAAAACAGGAAAAGUUACAUCUGCUGGAAUGUAUUUUCUUGGCUUCCCUGUCUAUUGCUUGGAUCAAACAACCAACUCAGUAGCUGCCGCAAAGGAUCCAGAUGCAGCUUUCUUCAAAAAACUGGAUGGAUUUCAACCAUGUGAAAUAACUGAAUUAAAACCAGGCAAACAUGUAUUUGCCGUUUAUGGUGACAACUUUUUCAAAAGUGUAAGUUACACAAUAGAAGCUAUUUGUGCUGCCCCAUUCAUAGAGGAAAAGGAGAAUCUUAGAGCAGUGGAGGCAGAGAUUCUGUCCAAACGAGCAGAAUUGUCAAAGUUUGAAACUGAAUACAGAGAAGUCCUGGCACAAUUUACUGAGAUGACAGGCAGAUACACGAAGGAAAUGCAAGAGAUUGAUGAGCUUCUGAAACAAAGGAAUGAGAUUCAUGCCUCAUACACAACUAUUCCUCUAAUUAAGCGGAGUUCAAGUAGGAAAAAGAGUAAGGCUGCCUCCAAAGAGGCCAAAGAAGAUGGUGAAGUAAGAGACAGGAAACCUUCUACGAGGGAUAGAACCAAGAAGAAAUGGUAUAAUAUCCCCUUAAAAGUUGACAAGAGAAAGCCAUGCUGAACAGGUUAUAAAAAGUCGGCAACUUUUGGGGUCUGAAAGUAAUCUGUUUGUGCACCUAAAAUUUACUUCCGUGGCUCAACACAUGUGCAGCCAAGUAAGACAUUGCAACAUGAUACGUUGAUCAUGAAGUGAAGAAGAUUGUUUAACCAUUUCUCCAGCAUGUCAAGGAUGACAACAACUCAUUGUAUAAUUCUUUCUUUUUUGCCAUUUUUUUCGGGUCUUACGUGGUUAUUUUUUUUCUCCUUUCCUAUCCCCAACUAAGAAUACUUGUAAAUUGCAUAAAAUGAAUUGGUAGCUUGGACAAUCAGGCUUGAUAAACUACAUUCUAUAUAUUGCCUGGGCUGCCUGUACUUCUCAUAUCACCUCCUCCCAUGAAACUCCUUUUUUGCAGGGGUUGUAUUUUUGGGUUAAAGAAAAGAAAGUCUAUUAUGCUGUGCUUGCUGUUGCCAGAAUAUUUGGCUUUGAUGGUUAUGUGCCAAAAGCAGUGAUUUGUUGCUGAUGCUAAA